AUGAACGCAUCUCUGACUGAAGUUCCACCCACGGCGCUGCCGGCCUUUGUGGAUGUUAGGGAUGUGGCGAGAGCCCACCUUCUGGCAUUCGAGACAGAUCAGCCACAGAGAUUCCUCAUUUCCGGAGGCGAUUUUGACAAGCAGAAGGUUUGUGAUCUGCUUCGAGAUCAGAUACCCGAGCUGAAGAGUCGGGUGCCUGUAGGAAACCCAGGAAAGCCAAGCGUUGGUCAGCACUACGAGGUCGACUGUUCCCGAGCUAGAAGCGUUCUUGGAAUCGAGUUCCGGCCCUUUAACGAAACCUUCUUGGAUAUGGCUCACGCCUUUUUAGAUAUGGAGAAGGCCGAUAAAGAGUCCUCUCUCUGA